AUGAGUUUGUCAGGAUGUGGGCAGCAGGUGGAAAGGACGAAUAAAGGGGGGUUUAAUGGAGGGCUGAGGGUUGCAGAGCAGGUUAUAGUUGAGAAUCAGCGAGGGAUCACGGUGUUCGGGUAUCCAUUUUUUUCGAAUAAGUUGUUAAUUCCUAAGGUUGAUCCUCCGCAGUUUCACACGGAGAAGGACCAUCUGCCUAUUUCAACGGCUACGUCAAAUUACUAUGGGAAUACGAAUAAUAAACUUUUGUUGCCGUUAAAUUUCCGGCACUUGGGGUUUGCUUCUGGGGGAGUCGGGGGAGGGGAGAGAUCUGAGGGCGAAGGUAGUAGUGAAGUAGGAGGAUCUAGUAGUGGUAGUACGUUUGGAGUUAGUAGUCAUGGUCGGGUAGAGGGACAGGAUGAAGAGUUUGCGUGGUUUGUUUCUAUGGAUCAUCAGGGACAGUAUGAUAUUGACGAUCAAGGAUGGUGUUAUAGUUGGUCAUUUAGGAGCAAGUAUUGGAAGGGAAAGAAUGGGUUUGUGCGGAAGCGGUUUUGGAUCCGCCUUCCAACUCGGAACGACAAUUUAGGGUAUUGUGGUCAUCAGCAUCAGAAUCAUGUAGGGACGAGGACGAGUUAUGGACGUACAGAUGCCGUUUCUACAAUUGUUGAAGAGGAGGAAGAGCAGCAGUGCCAGAUUGAACCACCACAGCUUGGAAAACAGGAGACCGCUGUUCUGGAAGAUGAACACAACAACUGCAACACCAGUAACAGCAGCAAAAGCAACGACAGCAGCACCAAAAGCAGCACCAACAAAGAUAACAACAAUCAGGAGGAAGAAGAGAUAGACGCACCUGAAUGCAGAAUAAUGGAUAUUAACAGCAACGGACCGAGAAUUGCUCAAAUUCCCCAACCUACAACAGGCGCAACAGGCUCAACAUCUGAAAACUCUGCAGAGGCAUUAUGGAGGCAAAUAUCCACGACUGAAGGUGUCAUGUCGUCCAUAAAGGGCUUAUGUGUUAAUAAUUUGAAUAGGAGUGGUAGUGAUGAAGACGAUGCCGAUGAUCAAUUUACUGAUGCCAUAGAUAUUUCUGAUGUAGAUGAACAUUUGGAAGUCUACAAGCUUUAUCACCAAAGGGAGGAGAACCAGGUAUUCUCCGAUAUUUUGGAUAAACUUAUUUUCGAGUUGAACAACUUGUCAUUAGAUAGGCAGAAAUUAGAAUUAUUGGACGAGUUUGUAAGGGACAAACUAUCCUCAAUUAACAGACAGGACUUGCAGCGCGUUCUUCGUGACCCAAAAUCAAACUUUAUCGAACAAGUGUUAUCUAGUUUGCAGUUUGACGUUUCCAGAAGAAAAUUCUUGGAUAAAUGGAUUACAGGUAUAAGAUGA